CACAACAGUGGGAAACUCCGAAAAUGAAAACUACGACUGGUAGAAUUUCUCUUGACGGAUAACUUAAGGAAAAUUGCUGUUUAUUGUUUGGCAGUUAUGGAUACUAAAACUUUUAGUUGAACGUGAAAGUUAACAUUAAAUUUACCCAAACAUUGAGCGAAUGUAGCCCGACAGUUAGUUGGUCGUGGACUUAUGGUAGCUUUAACGAGACAUGGCUGAGAUAGCGGGAAGUAGCCCAGCUCUUGCAUCAGAUGAUGUCGCUCAAGUUGAACAUUCUGAAGAUAGCGAGCGAAAUAAGCUUGGACAGGAUACAGCCCAGGCAACAAAUUUUGGAUUGGCAGACUCAGCCGGGUUAAGGUCAGAUAAUAGCAUGAAAAAUACUGGCCUUAAUGGAGAGGAAACAACAGAUUUGACUGAUGUUUUUGAGAUGGUACCUUUACUUAAAAGAAGAGUAACUUUGAGCAAACUAAAACCUGACAUGUGGACUGCUGAACAUGAUGAAAUGAUAGUGCAAUUUUUAAAAAAUACCAACUUGACUGUUCUUAUUGCUUAUGUUGAUCCAAAUACUGGUUUUCACAUCAAUACUCAACCACCUGCUUUUAAAACAGAUGAAAUGUCAUAUUUGAUUCGACAACAAGGUGUCAUGAUUACAAAAGAUAAUAUUGCCAGGAAACUACAGUUUGGCACAAUCAAAGGAAAUCAUAUUGAAAGUUUGUUGAGAAUUAUGACUAAUGUAUAUGCACCAUUAAUUUUUGGAAAUAGAUCAUGGCCUAUCAGCAUAAAAAAUGAUUUUUGUGGACACUUACAUCGUUUCAUGGCAUCUCUUACUGAUGCAAGAUACAAAAUGCAAGGAAAGACUGUCUUAUAUAUUCCUAAUGAAAAUAAUAGUUUCACAGUCGAGCAGGCUGCCAAGAGUAAAGAGUAUGUUCAACGACUAGAAGCUGCGAUGAUUCACUGGACUCGUCAAAUAAAGGAAGUUUUGAACAGUCAAGAUGCUUAUGAAACAUCUGAAACAUCUGGACCACUGGAGGAAAUUCAAUUUUGGAACAGUAGAUGUGUAGAUUUGUCUGGUAUUAGUGAUCAGCUUGAUAAACCUGGAGUGAAACAAAUCCAAAAAAUUUUACAAACAGCAAAAUCAUCGUAUCUUGCUCCAUUCAUGAAAUUGUCCAAGCUCAUUCAGGAUGGAUCAGCUCAAGCUCAAAGCAAUCUAAAGUUUUUAUCUACCCUGGAGGAGCCAUGCAAAGAACUCGCUGAAGCUCGGCCUAAAAAUAUCCCUGCAUUGCUACCAAAACUUCUCAGUCUUAUUAGGAUCAUUUGGAUGAAUUCUGAACAUUAUAAAAGUCGAGAAAGAUUGACGACUCUCCUGAGGAAGGUGAGCAACGAAAUCAUCAAACGUUGCACCAAUACCAUUUGUUUGGACGAUAUUUUUGAAGGUCGUAUACAAACUAGUCUUAAUGCCUUAAGGGAAAGUAUAACUUGCUGUGAAUCGUGGAAGGAGACAUAUGCUAUGAUAAGUCGUGUUCAUAUAAGAUGUUCAUCUCAUGGUUGGAUUCUUGACCAGACCAGUAUUUUUGCCCAAGUCGAUGCUUUCCUUCAAAGAUGCAAAGAUUUGAUUGAGGUGUGUGAAGGUCAGAUGCAUUUUGCUCGGAGGUAUGAAGGUCCAAAAACUUCACUUCCGUGUUUCCGUGGAAUUCGUGGUCCAGAUAUUGUACGUAGUUUGUUGGAGAUUGAAGCUACGUUUGAAAAGAACUUGCAAAUUUUGAAGGACGUUAGAAGAACAAUAUUAGAUGUUAAGGCUACAACUUGGCAUGAUGAUUAUAACAGGUUUCGUUCAGGUGUAAAAGAUUUAGAAGUGAUGGUUCAGAAUGUCAUAUCUUCAGCGUUUGAAAGUAUGAGUCGAGUUGAAGAAGGUGUUGAUAUUCUGGAUGUAUUUCAUCAUUUAUCUGCUAGAGAGGCAAUUCGUCGAACUAUUGAUAAGAAAACAGUGGAAGUGUUUCAACUUUUUAAUGAAGAAUUGAAUACCGUAAAGAAGGAAUUCAAUAAUAAAGCACAAGAUCUUCCACCAAUGCAUCCUAAAUAUGCUGGUAUUGCUAACUGGGCAAGGAUGUUAAAAAAACGUAUCGAUAGACAAAUGAUGGUAUUAAACAAUGCAGUAUUUCUUCCGCGAAUUGGCUCUGGUGAUGAAAUUCGUGCGCAGUACCAUCAACUUGCUCAGGCGUUGGAUGAGUUUGUGAGGAAGACAUUUAAUGAAUGGACAAUGACUGUCGAUAAAGACACUGUUAAAUUAUUGGACACUCCGCUUAUGUGUCGAAGUCAAGAAAAAACAGGAAUGUUGGAUGUGCGUUUUGACAGGAAUUUGUUAAAACUACUGAAUGAAAUCAACUAUUGGGAACAAUUGAUGUUCGAGACGCCACAUUACGUUGCUGACCUUUAUCAAAAGAAAGAAGAUUUAAGAGUUCUUCGCGAAAACGUUCUUCUGGUUGUUCGAGACUACAACAGAAUAAUUGCAGCAUUAUCCUCUGAAGAAAGAGCAUUGUUCCGUGAACGAAUUCGAUUUCUCGACCGAAAGAUCCAUCCUGGGUUGACUAAACUUACCUGGGCGAGUAAAGGAAUUUCUGAUUUCUUUAUUGGAGAAUGCAGACAGAAUUCGAACAAGGUUCAAGCAAUCGUGGAUGAAUACAAAAAUGCAAAUUUGAUGAUAUCCAAGAAUUGUAUAAAGAUUAGUGAAAUGUUGCUGGUCGCUAUCGAUGAUAAACGUGUUUAUGAUAAUCUAGAUUUUGAGGAUGUCCAGAAAAUUCACCGUGAUAUUGUAAUGACAAGACUUAAAGAAAUUCAUGCUGAAAUUGUAUCGACGAUGAAACAAGUUUAUAUCGUCUUUAAAAACGAUGGACCUGAGGUUCAGACUCAUUGGAUUCGUUACACUGAAAAGAUGGACCGCAUGGUUGAAGAGGCUUUUCGUCUCAAUCUGAAGUGGUCACUUCAAGAAUUAUCCCGAGCCAUUAACGGUGAUGGAAAAAACUCUCCAAAUCCUUUAUUCAGAGUUAAAGUAAUCCUUGAAGGAGAUAAAGUGGAAUUUUUGCCAACAUUAUCGAAGCUUGCAAGUAUAGUAAAUGAUACUGCGACACAUUUGUCCGAUUGUCUUGCUGUGUUUCAACGUUUACCUGGACUUUUGACGAAAAAGAGAUCAACAAGACCUCCUAUUCAUGCUUUGUUAUCGAAAGAUGAGGAAAUCAAGAAAAUUCAGACAAGUGUGAACAUUGGAAUGUCUACUAAUGCGUCACAUCUACAGUCAUAUCUUGGUACUUGGGACAGCUAUCGGGAGAUUUGGGAGAUUCAAAAAGAUGCCUUUAUUCGACGGUACCAAAGACUCAAUCCACAGGUAUCUUCAUUUGAUGCCGACAUUGCUAGAUACACUGAAUUAGCGAAUAAUGUGCAGAAGGAAGAGACCGUUUUCAAUAUUGAGUUUGUGCUUUUGGAUUGUUCGCCCUUGAAAUUUUCGUUGCUGAGCCAUUGCAAUGAAUGGCAAAAUAAAUUUACAACUCUUUUGAAUGAAAUGGCGAGCAGCAAACUUUUAGAGUUAGACAAAUUUCUGAAGGAAAACAGUAAGAAAUUAAGUACACCACCCGAGACUUUAGAUCAACUUGGUGAAAGUCUUUCUUUGUUGGAACUACUGCAAACUGAUCUUAGUAAAAUUGAAGCAAGAUUUCCUCCGUUACACCAACAAUUUGCCAUUUUGGAGAAGUAUGAAGUUUCUAUUUCACCAGAGAUCCAAAAAGUAUUGGAUGAUUUGAAUAGUGAGUGGAAUGCAUUUCAGCAAUGUAUAAUCAAUAGUGAAAUUAUGCUGAAGAAAAGUAAGGAGAAAUUUAAAUCAGGCUUACUUUUUUCUGCCGAUGAAUUCAAGAAAACUGUUUCAAUACUUCUCGACGAAUUUCGUAACCGAGGUCCAUUCAGUAGUGAUAUUUCUACUAAUAAGGCUCUGGAAGAUGUUCAUGAUUACAAGACAAAUGUUAGCAAUUUGAAAGAACAAGAAUCGAAGUUAAGAAGAGGAUUGAGCAUAUUUAAAAUUGAACAACCCUCCUCAAAAGAACUUCAACAAAUUGAGAAGGACUUGGAACAUCUUGACCAAAUUUGGCAAAUUACCAAGGAAUGGGAGAAAUUGUGGGAUUCCUGGAAAACCGGACAGUUCGUUGAUUUGAUCACGGAAGAAAUGGAAUCAACUGCGCAAGUGCAGCUAAAAAAACUUAAUAAAGUAAUCAGGGAAGUAAAGGAUCGUAAUUGGGAUAUAUGUGAUUCCAUCAAAGGUCGAAUCGAACAAUUUAAACGUACGAUGCCAUUAAUUCAAGAUUUAAAAAAUCCAGCCAUGCGAAAUCGACAUUGGACGCAAAUUAAAGAAAACAUUCAGAAACCGUUUGAUGAACAAGGUGAUUUUACUUUGGAACUUAUCAUUAAUCUUGGUUUUGAUCAAUACGCGUCCCAAAUAUCUGAGGUGUCAUCUGCAGCAACAAAAGAAUUAUCUAUCGAACAAGCACUGAACUCAAUAUCAUCAUCUUGGGAGACAAUUGUACUGGACAUCGAACCUUACAAAGAUAGAGGUCAUUACAAGCUAAGAGGUACGGAGGAAGUAUUUCAGGUUUUGGAAGAUAAUCAAGUCACAUUAUCAACUAUGAAAGCGUCCCGGUUUGUGAAGGCUUUUGAAGAGGAGGUUGACACAUGGGAAAGGACGUUAUCACUGAUUUUAGAAGUAACUGAAAUGAUUUUGACUGUACAACGGCAGUGGAUGUAUUUAGAGAAUAUUUUCCUUGGUGAGGACAUUCGAAAACAAUUACCACGCGAAUCUGCUGAGUUUGAUGAUGUGAACAGCAAUUGGAAGAUCGUUAUGCAACGUCUAAAUAAUGAUCCAAAUGCAAGAAGAGGAACACAUCAUCCAGGUCUUUUGGAUACUCUUAUUAAUAUGAAUAUGAAGUUGGAAGAAAUCCAGAAGUCAUUGGAUAUGUAUCUUGAAACAAAACGACAAAUAUUUCCAAGAUUCUACUUUCUUUCUAAUGACGAUUUGCUGGAAAUUCUUGGCCAAUCAAAGAACCCAGAUGCUGUACAACCACAUUUAAAGAAGUGUUUUGAUAAUAUCAAAACUUUAAAAAUAGUAAAGCGAGGAAUUUCUCAGAAGAAAGAAGCCAUAGGCAUGUUUUCUGCUGAUGGAGAAUAUAUUGAGUUUGGUCAAAGUGUCUUGUUAGAUGGACCUGUCGAGGCGUGGUUAUGUGACGUUGAACGAAGCAUGAAAUGGACAUUGAAAGAACUAUUAAAACAAUGUCGUCUUGCUUUGAAAAAAAACACAAACAAGAGGGAUAAAUGGGUAAAAGAUUGGGCAGGACAGUUAAUCAUAACUUCCAGUCAACUUCAAUGGACCAAUGAUUGUACAAAGUCACUUACAAGCACCAAAGAACGCGGUGACAAAAAAGCAUUGAAAAGCUUAAAAAAGAAACAAGUAUCCAUAUUGGAUAAAUUUUCCGACAUUAUUCGUGGUAAUUUAACAAAGCUUCAACGUCUAAAGAUUGUGGCUUUAGUCACCAUCGAAGUUCAUGCGCGUGAUGUAAUUGAGAAGCUUAUAAAGUCUGGUUGCAAUGACGUCAAUGCUUUUGAUUGGUUAAGUCAACUGAGGCUUUAUUGGGAAAGAGAUAUUGAUAAUUGUGUAGUGAAGCAGACUAAUACAGAGUUUGAGUAUGGAUAUGAAUAUCUUGGUAAUUCUGGACGUUUGGUCAUCACUCCUUUAACUGACAGAUGUUAUAUGACUCUGACAACUGCGCUUCACUUACAUCGUGGUGGAAGUCCUAAAGGUCCGGCUGGCACUGGAAAAACUGAAACUGUAAAAGAUCUGGGCAAGGCUCUAGGUAGUUAUGUAAUUGUCGUCAAUUGUUCAGAAGGAUUAGAUUAUAAAUCCAUGGGCAGAAUGUACAGUGGACUUGCUCAGACAGGUGCAUGGGGAUGUUUUGACGAAUUUAAUCGUAUCAACAUUGAAGUAUUGUCCGUGGUUGCUCAACAAAUUCUGUCUAUUCUGUCUGCCCUUGCUGGUGGUCUCUCUCGAUUUGUGUUUGAAGGAAGAGAGAUCACCUUAGUAUGGUCAUGUGGUAUCUUUAUAACAAUGAAUCCAGGUUAUGCUGGUCGUACUGAGCUGCCUGACAUUAAAAGUAUGUUUCGUCCCAUAUCUAUGGUCGUUCCAGAUUCUGCUAUGAUAGCAGAGAUUAUUUUGUUUGGUGAAGGCUUCAAUAAUACUAAGGUGUUAGCCAAAAAGGUGCAUACAUUAUACUCGCUAGCUGUUCAGCAAUUGUCAAAACAAGACCAUUAUGACUUUGGCCUGAGAGCCUUAACUUCCGUUCUUCGUUACGCUGGCAGGAAGAAACGUGCUAAUCCAGAUAUGGCCGACGAAGAGGUUAUAUUAUUGUCGAUGUGUGACAUGAAUAUUGCGAAGUUAACUGCUCAAGAUUUACCUUUGUUUCUUGGUAUUGUUCAUGAUCUUUUCCCUGGUAUUGAAAAGCCAGUCAUCGACUAUGGAAAGCUGCGAAACGUAAUUCUAAAAGAACUGAAAGAUGCAGGUUUGCAAGAACAUCCUACAACAGUUGUGAAAAUUAUCCAACUUUAUGAAACAAAGAAUUCCAGACAUUCAACAAUGAUAGUUGGGAAAACUGGUUCUGGUAAAAGUGUCAGUUGGCAAAUGCUACAACAAGUGUUGAGCACAAUGAAAAAAGAAGGAGUUGCUGGAUAUAAUCUUGUGAAGGAAUAUCCUUUAAACCCUAAAGCGUUGUCUCUUGGUGAACUUUACGGUGAAUUUGAUUUAAAUACAAAUGAAUGGACUGAUGGCGUAUUGUCCAGUGUAAUGAGGCAAACGUGUUCAGAUGAAAAAUCGGAUGAAAAAUGGAUUGUUUUUGACGGUCCUGUAGAUACGCUAUGGAUUGAAUCAAUGAAUUCUGUUAUGGAUGAUAAUAAAGUUUUGACAUUAAUUAAUGGUGAACGUAUUGCCAUGCCUGAUCAGGUUUCUUUGUUGUUUGAAGUAGAAGAUCUUGCAGUUGCUUCGCCUGCUACUGUAAGUCGUUGUGGUAUGGUUUUCAACGACAUUGUUGAUCUAGGAUGGCAACCUUAUGUUGAUUCUUGGUUGAAAAAAAGACAAGACAAGAGGUCAAUUGAACACUUGCAAAGGCUUUUUGACAAGUUUGUUGAAAAAUGUCUCACAUUCCGUAGAGUAAACUGCAGAGAACCAAUACCUUCUUCUGAGUUGAACUCAGUUGUUUCUCUUUGUGCGUUGUUUGAAGCCUUGGCUACCGAAGAAAAUGGGGUUCAUCCACAUAAUGAUAACUAUCCACGAUUGAUCGAAAUGUGGUUCUUAUUCUCCCUUAUCUGGUCCAUUGGUGCCACUGUUGAUGAAGAUGGUCGUAAAAAAAUGGAUAAUUUCUUACGAGAACUUGAAGGACAAUUUCCGAGUAAAGAUACAGUGUAUGAGUAUCAUGUUGAUAUCAAACAAAGUACAUGGUUGUCUUGGGAAGAUAAGCUUAGAAGUGGCUGGCGUUAUAACCCAAGUGAGCCAUUUUACAAAAUCAUCGUUCCAACUGUCGACACAGUACGAUAUGAUUUCUUGGUCUUUAAUCUUAUCAAGGCUCAUCGUCCUGUUUUAUUAACUGGACCUGUUGGUACAGGAAAAACAUCAGUUUCCCAAACUGUUUUAUCACGUCUUAAUCCUAAAUCAUAUUCUAUCUUGACCAUUAAUAUGUCUGCUCAGACGUCCUCGAAUAAUGUACAAGAUAUUAUCGAGAGCAAAGUAGAAAAACGAACAAAAGGCGUUUAUGUUCCUGUUGGUGGAAAGCAAUUGCUAACAUUCCUUGAUGACUUUAACAUGCCUGCGAAGGAUACAUUUGGUUCACAACCUCCUCUUGAGUUGAUGAGACAAUGGAUAGACUACGGAUUUUGGUACGACAGAACAAAACAAACAGUGAAACAUGUCAAGGAUAUGCACCUGCUUUGUGCUAUGGGUCCACCUGGUGGUGGAAGAAUGGUUAUAUCUCGUCGUUUACAAAGCAGGUUCAAUCUCAUCAACAUGUGUUUUCCUCAGGAAAGUCAAAUCAAGAGGAUAUUUGGUACAAUGAUUAAUCAAAAGUUACAAGACUUUGAAGAAGAAGUAAAGCCUCUUGGUGACUUGAUGACACAGGCAACCGUUGAUCUAUACAACGCUAUUGUUGCAAGAAUGUUACCAACACCGACAAAAAUUCAUUACCUUUUUAAUUUGCGCGAUAUUUCCAAGGUAUUUCAAGGUCUUCUACGAGCCAGGAAAGAUUUUCAAGAUUCAAAAUCGGCCAUGACACGGUUAUGGAUCCAUGAAUGUUUUAGAGUUUUUUCUGACCGUCUGAUUGACGAAAAUGAUAAAGAGUCUUUCACUACCUUGGUCAGUGACAAGCUUGGAACACUAUUUGAUCUUACAUUUCACAAUCUUUGUCCAAAUAGACAACCUCCCAUUUUUGGUGACUUUAUCAAAGAAGGAGAGAUUUAUGAAGAUUUAUCCGACUUUCCUGUGUUGAAAAAAUAUAUGGAAGAUCAACUUGAGGAUUACAAUAUGGAGCCAGGGGUCAUCCCUAUGUCCCUUGUCCUUUUUAGAGACGCAAUAGAACACGUUACUCGAAUAGUUCGUGUUAUUGGUAAACCUCGGGGCAAUAUGUUGCUCGUUGGCAUUGGUGGAAGUGGUCGACAAAGUUUGACGAAAUUAGCUGCUUAUUUGAUUGGUUUUAAAGUUUUUCAAAUCGAAGUGACCAGAAAUUACAAAAAAACUGAGUUCAGAGAUGAUUUAAAGAAACUGUAUUUCAUGACUGGUGUAGAUUAUAAACCAACAAUAUUUCUCUUCAACGAUACUCAAGUGUUAGAGGAGAGCUUUCUCGAGGACGUUAACAACAUCCUAAGUAGUGGUGAAGUUCCUAAUUUGUAUAAACCAGAUGAAUUUGAAGAGGUACGAAACGCUAUUUCUGAAGUCGCUAAGAAAGACGGUAUUUUAGAUACUCCUGAAUCGAUGUUUUCUUACUUCAUUGAAAGAGUUCGAAGUAAUUUGCAUAUCGUCUUAUGCAUGAGUCCUGUGGGUGAUCCUUUCCGGAAUCGUAUAAGAAUGUACCCAGCGUUUGUAAACUGUACAACGAUUGACUGGUUUAGCGAAUGGCCUAAUGAUGCUCUACUUGAAGUUGCUGAGAAAUAUUUGGAACCAAUGGAACUGGGAGAUGAUGAGACAAAAAAAAAUAUGGCAGAAAUAUUUGUCAACACUCAUCGAUCUGUUGUGAACAUGUCAAACAGAAUGUUGUUGGAAAUGAAACGUCAUAAUUACGUCACACCAACUAACUAUCUCGAACUUGUUUCUGGUUAUCAAAGUUUGCUUGCUGAGAAACGUAAAGAACUUGGUGAUGCUGCUGCUAAGUUGAAAAAUGGUUUGGAUCGAAUUGAUGAAACUAGAGCUAAGGUUGAGUCUAUGUCGAUUGAGUUAGAGGAAGCUAAAGUAAAAGUGGCAAAGUUUCAGAAAGAAUGUGAAGAAUAUUUGGUUGUUAUCGUUCAACAAAGGCGAGAUGCUGAUGAACAACAAAAAUUUGUUGCUGCUCGUAGUGAAAAGAUUGCCGAAGAGGAAGAAAAAUGUCGUGUGAUGGCGGAUCAAGCUAAACAUGAUCUUGAUGAAGCUUUACCAGCACUUGCUGAAGCAAUGAAGGCUUUGGAAGCACUCAAUAAAAAAGAUAUGACUGAAAUAAAGUCGUAUGGUCGACCUCCUGCCUUAGUUGAAAAGGUAAUGGAAGCUGUGAUGAUCUUACGUGGUAAUGAACCUACCUGGGCUGAAGCUAAGAGACAACUAGGCGAACAAAAUUUUAUUAAACAGCUUAUCAACUUUGACAAAGAUAAUAUGUCUGAUAGAGUGCUGAAAAAAAUAGGAACAUAUUGCUCUCAAGCAGACUUUCAACCUGAGAUUAUCGGUCGCGUUUCUUUGGCGGCAAAGUCAUUGUGUAUGUGGGUUCGGGCUAUGGAGGUAUAUGGUAGGAUAUAUAGGGUUGUUGAACCAAAAAGACAAAGAUUGAACCAAGCGACGAGUCAACUAAAUGAAAAACAAGCCAUUCUUACAGAAGCAAAGGCAAAACUGAAAGAGGUAACAGAUAGAAUGGAAGAGUUGAAGAAGCAAUAUGAUAAAAAACUAGCUCAAAAGGAAGAGUUGAGAAAGAAAGCUGAAUUGACCGAAUUAAAACUUGACCGUGCAGGAAAGUUAGUAUCUGGGUUAGCUGGUGAAAGAGAUCGAUGGGAAGCUAGCGUUAAGAUUCUUGAGGAAAACAUUCGUUAUUUAGUUGGGGAUAGUUUAUUGGCUGCUGCUUUUCUUUCAUAUGCUGGACCAUUUCUUUCAAACUACCGCGAUGAACUCGUUAUGCAAAACUGGAUUGCUCAAGUCAGAGAAUUAAAAGUUGCAUGUACUCCAAAAUUCUCGUUUGCUGAUUUUCUGGCGAAGCCAACAACUGUUCGUGAAUGGAAUAUUCAGGGUCUUCCAUCAGAUCAAUUCUCCACAGAAAAUGGCGUCAUUGUUACUCGUGGAAACAGAUGGCCACUUAUGGUUGAUCCACAAGGGCAAGCCAUAAAAUGGAUUAAAAAUAUGGAAAACAAAAAUGGCCUCAAAAUAAUCGACCUUCAGCAAUCAGAUUAUUUAAGAACUUUAGAAAACGCUGUUCAGUUUGGCUCUCCUGUAUUACUUCAAAAUGUUCAGGAAGAACUUGAUCCAUCCCUUGCCCCAAUUCUCAAUAAAUCAUUUAUAAAACGAGGAAAUUCUAUGUAUAUCAAGAUUGGUGACAAGGAAGUGGAGUAUAACGCUGAUUUUAGGUUUUAUAUAACAACCAAACUAAGCAAUCCACAUUAUACUCCAGAAAUUUCUACAAAAGCUUUAAUCGUAAACUUUGCUGUAAAAGAACAAGGUCUUGAGGCUCAAUUACUUGGCAUUGUUGUUCGUAAAGAGCGUCCAGAACUUGAAGAACAGAAAGAUAAUCUUGUCAUCAACAUUGCUGCUGGCAAAAAAAAAUUAGAAGAUCUAGAAGAUCAAAUACUGAGACUUCUGCAAACUGCUCAAGGAUCUUUAUUGGAUGACGAAGAGUUAGUGAAUACGUUAAAUUCAUCAAAGCAGACUUCACAAGAAAUUGGUGAACAGUUACAAGUCAGUGAACAAACUGAAAUCAAAAUUGACGCUGCUCGAGAGGGCUAUCGAUCAUGCGCACAACGUGCGUCGAUAUUGUUCUUUGUGCUCAAUGAUAUGGGCUGUAUUGAUCCAAUGUAUCAAUUUUCUUUGGAUUCAUACAUCAGCCUGUUUAAUUUGUCUAUUGAGAAGAGCCAACGCAGUCCCCAGUUGGAAAUACGCAUUCAUAAUUUGAAUGAUUAUCACACUUUUGCGGUUUAUAAAUACACAUGUCGUGGUCUAUUUGAACGUCAUAAAUUGCUUUUCUCAUUUCAAAUGUGCUCAAAAAUACUUCAAGCAGCUGGAAAACUGAACAUGGACGAAUACAAUUUCUUUUUACGUGGUGGCGUGGUCCUCGAUCGAGAAGAACAAAUUGACAAUCCUUGUCCUGAAUUGCUGACGGACACAGCUUGGGAUAAUUUGACGGAACUUGACAAGUUACCUAAUUUCCAUGGACUUGUGACGUCAUUUGAACAGUAUCCACGUGACUGGACUAUCUGGUAUACAAGUGCCCAGCCUGAAACAACACCUUUACCAGGAGAAUGGGAGAAUGCUUGCAAUGAACUUCAACGAAUGUUGAUUGUGCGAUCAUUAAGACCGGAUCGAGUCUCUUUUACCGUAACAUCUUUUAUUAUCAACAAUCUUGGUUCAAAGUUUGUCGAGCCACCGGUGCUGGAUAUGAGUUCAGUGGUUGAAGACUCUACAACAAGAACGCCACUUGUUUUUGUUCUUUCUCCAGGAGUAGAUCCUACAAGUGCUUUGAUUCACCUGGCUGAGAAUUGUGGUAUGAGUGACCGUUUUCAUGCCCUAUCACUUGGCCAAGGUCAGGCUCCCAUCGCAACCAGAAUGAUUAAAGAAGGAGUUAAAGAGGGUAAUUGGGUAUUUUUGGCCAACUGCCAUUUAUCUCUAAGUUGGAUGCCUCAACUGGAUAAACUUGUGGAGCAGUUACAAGUAGAAAAUCCUCAUGUUGAUUUUCGUCUAUGGUUAAGCAGCAGUCCUCAUCCAGACUUUCCAAUAUCUAUACUUCAAGUUGGUAUUAAAAUGACGACUGAACCACCAAAGGGCUUGAAGGCGAACAUGAAAAGACUUUAUCAACUUGUUACCGAACAACAAUUCACUCGACGACAAAAACAAGACAAGUACAAGAAACUUCUUUUUGCUCUUUGUUUCUUUCACAGUGUUCUCCUUGAAAGAAAAAAAUUUCUUAUGUUGGGCUGGAAUAUUAUGUACGGUUUCAAUGAUUCUGAUUUUGAGGUAUCUGAGAAUUUAAUUGGUAUGUAUUUAGAUGAAUAUGAAGAAACACCGUGGGAAGCUCUUAAAUAUUUGGUUGCUGGCGUCAAUUACGGUGGUCAUGUGACGGAUGAUUUUGAUCGAAGGUUAUUAAUGACUUACAUUAAUGAUUUCUUCUGUGAUGCUUCUUUGGAUGCCCCAUACUUCAAGUUGUCAUCUUUACCAACUUAUUACAUUCCAAAAGAUGGACCUUUACAAAGUUACCGAGAAUAUAUCAGCAUGUUACCUAACAUUGAUCACCCUGAAGCAUUUGGACAACAUCCUAACGCUGAUAUUGCAAGUCAAAUUAUCGAAACAAGAAAUCUGUUUGAUACACUGCUUUCCCUUCAACCACAAAUUGCUUCUGUUGGUGGAAUUGGCGAAUCACGCGAACAGAAGGUAUUAGACCUCGCUGCAGAUGUGUUGAAGAGAGUUCCUGAUGAGAUAGAUUAUGAACAGACUGCCAAAAUCAUGUCUGAUGAUCCGUCGCCACUUAAUGUUGUUUUGCUACAAGAGAUAUCACGAUACAACAAACUACUUGGAACAAUCAAAUCAUCUCUAAUUGAAUUGGAGCGUGGCAUAAAAGGACUUGUAGUGAUGUCAUGUGAUAUGGAGGAGACAUUUAAUUGUAUUUAUGACGUUCGUGUCCCACCUCUGUGGGGAAAGGCGUAUCCAUCCAAUAAAGCAUUAGCUAAUUGGACACGGGAUUUAGUUCAUCGUGUUGAUCAGUUUGCAAAAUGGGCCAGCACUGCACAUCAGCCGAUCAUAUUUUGGAUGUCAGGUUUCACCUUUCCGACUGGAUUUUUAACGGCAGUGUUACAAACAUCUGCGAGACAAAACAACAUUUCUGUUGACACUCUGUCGUGGGACUUUACUGUUUCAACUGUUGACGAUAGUAACAUUACCCAGUACCCUAAGGAUGGUGUUUGGAUUCGUGGUCUUUAUUUAGAAGGUGCGGGAUGGGAUAAGAAAAAUGCCGCUUUAAUUGAAGCAGACCCUAUGCAACUAGUUUGUCCUAUACCAACUGUACAUUUUAAACCUGUUGAAAACAAGAAAAAAACUGGAAAAGGAAAUUAUUCGUGUCCUUGUUAUUAUUAUCCCAAUCGUACUGGUACUUCAGAUCGAGCAUCGUAUGUCGUUAGUGUUGAUUUAAAAUCUGGUGUUAUGACUGCUGAUCACUGGGUGAAAAGAGGAACGGCUUUGCUAAUGAGUUUGGAUUAUUAAAAUGUUGUUUUUAUGUAAAGUUAAUAUAUUAUGGUUUGUAAAAAUUUUUUAAUCAAAUCAAGAUUUUUGUGGUUACAUAUCGUUAUAAUUAAUUAUGUAAACAGACUAUGUAGACUUUUCCAGUUAAUUAAUAGGAAAAAAAAACAA